UACAGAAAGAGAGACAAGUGUGGUCUGGUGGGUCUGCGGUCUAUCAUCUCCACGAGAAAAUCCUCAUCUCCCGCCUUCUCGCUUCUUUGAAUAUCAUCUUCUUCACACACAGAGAGAGAGAGAGAGAGAGAGAGAGAGAGAACGUGGAUGUGAUUCUUUCUUAUUUCGGAAAAUGGAUACGCCGCAGAAGAGCACGACCCAGAUCGGAACUCCGGUUUCUAAAUCCAAAUUCGAGGAUUCGCCAGUGUUCAACUACAUCAACAGUCUUUCUCCGAUUAAGCCAUUCAAGUCCAUCCCCAUUGCUCAGACGUUUAGCUCCCUCAGUUUCGUAUCCCCUCCAUCGGUUUUCACAUCCCCACACAUCGCUUCUCACAAAGAAUCUCGGUUCUUCAGAAGUAAUCAUCGAUCAACCGAUCCUUCAACGCCCGAGGCAAUAUCCAGAGAUGGGUCUGCAUCAAAUGAAGAAGCUGUCUCUGCCCCUGAAAGCUUUCAUACCAACUCUUCCAUGGAAGAAGAAGAAGAAGAAGAAGCUUCCAUUGAACCAUCUACUGACGACUUUGAAAUGGAGCUGCCGCAGAUACCGAAGUGUGAAACCACUCCCAAUCCCAAGCCUUCACCGUGUGCCAGAGAUGGAAAUGAAGUUCGAGGAGGAGGAGGCAGUUUAUCGACCGAGGUUGUAGGAAUGGAUAUGCAGAGGAUGUGUCUUGAACAGAAGAAAAACGAUGUUCCCGAUUGGGAAAGUCUGAUCUCAGAUGCGACCGAGCUGUUGAUAUUUAGCUCUCCUAACGAUUCGGAAGCCUUUACAGGUUUGCUGCAGAGAACAUCAAACUCAGUAGAGCGUUUCUGUGCUGAUGUUAUUCCAAAAAUGCAUGAUAAUCCCGGCAAUGGAGAAGACAUGGAACAUGAGGCUAUUCCUAACCUACACCGUGGUGUGAGAAGACGCUGUCUCGACUUUGAGGUGCCAAGGAAACAGAGGAAUGAACUUUCUCAUAAGCAAACUAUCAGUAACACGCCGGGUCCUGAAUCAUCUUCCAGGUGUUUAUUACCAAGUAUAGGUCUGCAUCUGAAUUCCAUUACCAUGUCCUCAAAGGACAGAAAAGCCAGCGUCUUACAUGAGUAUUCGUUUUCGGGAAAGAUACAAGUAAGUUUGCCACUGGUUCACUCACAAGAAAACGCCCGAGAAAACUUUGUCCGAGCGGAAAAUGAAAUGGAUGAGGAAGCAAGCCAAGCUGUAGAUGAUGUUUCCAAGGCAUCGGUCAGCGAAGAGUUGAACUUGAGCAGCAGCCCUAAGAAGAAGAGGCGAAAGUUUGAUCGAAGUGGGGAGGGUGAAUCGUGUAAACGAUGCAACUGCAAGAAAUCAAAGUGUUUGAAGCUUUACUGUGAAUGCUUUGCUGCUGGAGUCUAUUGCAUAGAGCCUUGUUCAUGUGUUGAUUGCUUCAAUAAGCCUAUCCACGAAGAUACUGUUCUCGCAACCCGUAAACAGAUCGAAUCCCGCAAUCCACUUGCUUUUGCUCCUAAAGUCAUUAGAAACUCUGAUCCCGUAUCCGAAGCUGGCGAUGAUGCAAGCAAAACUCCGGCUUCGGCACGACAUAAGCGAGGCUGCAACUGCAAGAAAUCGAACUGUCUGAAGAAAUACUGUGAAUGCUAUCAGGGAGGUGUCGGCUGUUCCAUAAACUGUAGAUGUGAAGGAUGCAAGAACGCGUUCGGGCGUAAAGACGGGUCUUCCAUGGCAGGCAUGGAAGGUGAGCAAGAAGAAGAGAACGAAACAACUGAGAAAAAUGGAACAGCUAAAGCACUACAGAACCCUGAGGUCUUCAAAGAAGAAGAGCAGAACCUGAGUUCUGGUCUCCCUUCCACGCCAUUGCCACUGUACAGACAACCACUGGUUCAACUGCCUUUCCCGUCUAAGGACUGGACAACAUCUCAGCCUUUUCUUGGAACUGGAUAUUCCUCGAGUAUAUUCAACGGUCAGUCUUUCGGAAAUUCAGACAUCGGGUUCAGUCAAUCUCGGUUUGACAAGAACUUCGAGACCAUAGUAGAGGAUGGAACAGAAGAUGAUGGUGAUGAUAUGCCAGAGAUUCUCACCCGUUCCCCCAUUGCAACGAUCACAGUGGUUUCUCCCAAUGGCAAGAGAGUCUCUCCUCCUCAUCUCGACUCCUCGGGAUCGAUCCUCGGAAGGAGAAACGGUGGCCGGAAGCUGAUACUGCAGUCUAUCCCUUCAUUUCCUUCUCUCACUCCACACCAUUGAGUAAGAACAACAUCUGGUCUGGUGGGUUAAUCUGUGAAAAAUUCUUUGAAUCGUUUUGAAAUGAUGAGAGAUAAUGUCAACUUCUAGUUGGUUGUAAGAGUAGCAUAGUACUUGUGUUUUGUUCCUUCAGAGGUUUCAUGUAAUAAAAUAUGCAAGAUCAGUCGUUUCUUCAAUAAACACACCACUUCUCUUGAAA